AUGACCGCUUUCAGAUUAGUGGUAGCAGCUAAUGAUGGAAGAAGCGGCAAGAAGCGCAUACUUGAGACGCAACAUAAUUUCAAUGAUACAUUGCAGCGUUUGAUCGAGACUUUAAUAGUUACCUUGAGGAACGCGAAACCCUACGAAAGGCGUGUGUUUCAACGAUACGUCGACACGUAUUCCAAAUUCUACGGGCUGAUAGUAAUAAGUUAUUACGUGUCGUCGAUGGUUGUCGUUUUCGGAAGUAUCUUCCUACCUCAGCCAUUUCCGACAGUCUCCGAGUAUCCGUUCCGCGUUGAUUACGAACCCGUGAGGACAAUAAUCUUUGUACACCAAGCCUUUGCCGGCUUCCAGUGUGCCGCAGCAAUCAGCUUGACCAUGUUCACAGCAUUGUUGCUUCUCUACGCUGCGGCGAGGUUCGAGAUACUGAUGAUAGAUAUGCAAAGAGCUACCAGCGUCGAUGCGUUGAUCGUGUGCAUGAAAAAGUAUCACAUAGUGACCAGAUUCGCAAAGGACGUCGUUGAGGGUACUCGGUACAUAGCUUUGUUCAUGGUAGUGUAUGGCAGUAUAGUCCUUGUACUCUGUGGUCUGAAUAUUAUAGGACAUCAAUCCUUCCUGGUAAAACUGCAGUUUUUUUUCUUGGCUUGGAUUUCUCUGAUAGGGGUGUUCAUGUGCGUGCUGCCAGCGGACAAAUUAAUAAAUGUGAUUAAUUUCCAUUCUCCGUCCGUUUCUGUAUGGACUGGCUAUGAUCAGAGUGGUUCUACGGUUCGAAGUGUGUACGAGUCGAGAUGGUACGAUCAAGUACUGGGUGUGCAGAAAACAGUACUUCAUAUUUUGGUGCCACAGAUACCCGUAGCCAUCAGUAUAAAGUGCAUCAUCCCUACAUUUUCCUUGGAAUAUUACUGUUCGUACGUUUCACACGCAAUCUCGUUGUUCACUGCUCUACGCAUGGCAUUCGGCGAAGACGUCGAUGUAUUAGGUUCUACAUCAAGUAAUAGUACACGCUGAGUUGAUU